AUGGGUCCUCCAGCCUUCCUAGAGUGGUCCUCUGCAGCUGUUGGGCAAAACAGAACUCUCAAUGGCUACUUCCCAUUGAGAAGCAGGGAAAGUGAGGAUAAAAAUCAGAAGCUUGCAAGCAACAAAGGUUUCAAUGUAAUUAGGCUACUGAGCGGAUCAGCUGUAGCACUGGUUAUAGCCCCCACUGUCUUACUGACAAUGCUGUCUUCUGCUGAACGAGGAUGCCCUAAGGGCUGUAGGUGUGAAGGCAAAAUGGUAUAUUGUGAAUCUCAGAAAUUACAGGAGAUACCCUCAAGUCUAUCUGCUGGUUGCUUAGGUUUGUCCCUUCGCUAUAACAGCCUUCAAAAACUGAAGUAUAAUCAAUUUAAAGGGCUCAACCAGCUCACCUGGCUAUAUCUUGACCAUAACCAUAUCAGCAAUAUUGACGAGAAUGCUUUUAAUGGAAUACGCAGACUCAAAGAGUUGAUCCUGAGUUCCAAUAGAAUCUCCUAUUUUCUUAACAAUACCUUCAGACCUGUGACAAAUUUACGGAACUUGGAUCUGUCCUAUAAUCAGCUGCAUGCUCUGGGAUCCGAACAGUUUCGGGGCUUGAGGAAGCUGCUGAGUUUACAUUUACGAUCUAACUCCCUGAGAACUAUCCCUGUGCGAAUAUUCCAAGACUGUCGCAACCUGGAACUUUUGGACCUGGGAUACAACCGGAUCCGAAGUUUAGCCAGGAAUGUCUUUGCUGGCAUGAUCAGACUCAAAGAACUUCACCUGGAGCACAAUCAAUUUUCCAAGCUCAACCUGGCCCUUUUUCCAAGGUUGGUGAGCCUCCAGAACCUCUACUUGCAGUGGAAUAAAAUCAGUGUCAUAGGACAGACAAUGUCCUGGACCUGGAGCUCAUUACAGAGGCUUGAUUUAUCAGGCAAUGAGAUCGAAGCUUUUAGUGGACCUAGUGUUUUCCAGUGUGUCCCAAAUCUGCAGCGCCUCAACCUGGAUUCCAACAAGCUCACAUUUAUUGGUCAAGAGAUUUUGGAUUCUUGGAUAUCCCUCAAUGACAUCAGCCUUGCCGGGAAUAUAUGGGAAUGCAGCAGAAAUAUUUGUUCCCUGGUAAACUGGCUGAAAAGUUUUAAAGGUCUGAGGGAGAAUACAAUUAUCUGUGCCAGUCCCAAAGAGCUGCAAGGAGUAAAUGUGAUCGACGCAGUGAAGAACUAUAGCAUCUGUGGCAAAAGUACCACGGAGAGGUUUGAUCUGGGCAGGGCUCUCCCGAAGCCGACGUUUAAGCCCAAACUGCCCAGGCCGAAGCAUGAGAGCAAGCCCCCUCUACCCCCGACGGUGGGAGCCACAGAGCCCAGCCCAGAGACCGAUGCUGACACAGAGCACAUCUCUUUCCAUAAAAUCAUCGCGGGGAGUGUGGCCCUUUUCCUGUCUGUGCUUGUCAUCCUGCUCGUUAUCUACGUGUCGUGGAAGCGAUACCCUGCGAGCAUGAAGCAGCUGCAGCAGCGCUCCCUCAUGCGAAGGCACAGGAAAAAGAAAAGACAGUCCCUAAAGCAAAUGACUCCCAGCACCCAGGAAUUUUAUGUAGAUUACAAACCCACCAACACGGAGACCAGCGAGAUGCUGCUGAAUGGGACAGGACCCUGCACCUAUAACAAAUCAGGCUCCAGGGAGUGUGAGAUACCUUUGUCAAUGAACGUGUCAACCUUUCUGGCAUAUGACCAGCCCACAAUAAGUUACUGUGGGGUGCAUCAUGAACUUCUCUCUCAUAAGUCUUUUGAAACGAAUGCACAGGAAGAUACGAUGGAAACACACCUAGAGACUGAGCUGGACCUGAGCACAAUCACAACAGCUGGCCGAAUCAGUGACCAUAAACAGCAGCUGGCUUAA